CUGAGCUGACACACCCACUUGACAAUAAAGUAAAGCCAAAGCCUAGCCAAAGCCUGUUUAUGAAGUUAGUGACGUUCUUAGCCUGUAGCCUACAGCACCAGUCUUGUUAUACACGUACGCUUGACAGGAGAGAGAGGACAUGAGCACUAAGUUUGAAGUAUCAGUGGUGGAUCAAGAUGAGCCCUCCCGUGCCUCUGGGAAUGGAGCUAGGGAGCCGUCCCCUAUCCACGACCCCCUUGGUACGGGUACGGGGGGUCGGUCCAAACAGUACCUCUCAGUACAAAGGCCGGAGAAUGUAGAGUUUAACCAGUCAACUAUCACCAGUAACAUCUCUGGUAACCUUGCUCUGUACGAGGAGGACAUUGAUAAGAGACCUCGGAUCAGCAAGCUCCUGGACUCACUCAAGCCUGUCGAUGGAACAGCCCCUAAUUCCAACUCAAAGAAGAAGAAGAAAAAGGCUAACCUGGGCACCAUUGUGGGGGUCUACCUGCCUACCAUACAGAAUAUCCUCGGGGUCAUACUCUUCCUCAGGCUCCCCUGGAUUGUGGGCAUCGCUGGUGUCGGGAUGGCGUUGUUAAUUGUCUUUCUUUGUUGCCUUGCUACUUUUCUCACUGCUAUCUCCCUCAGUGCCAUAGCAACCAACGGACACGUCCCAGGUGGCGGUGUGUACUUCAUGUUGUCCCGUAACCUGGGUCCAGAGUUCGGAGGAGCCGUAGGGAUACUCUUCUAUCUGGCCACAACCUUUGCUGUCUCCCUCUACGUUGUUGGAGCCAUCGAGUUGUUAGUGACGUACAUAGUGCCUCAGGCAGCACUGCUUGGUGAUAUCACUGAUGAUGCAGUGCGUAGCAACAACGUUCGUAUCUAUGGAACCAUUCUCCUGAUACUGCUCAGUAUCAUCGUCUUUGUGGGGGUCAAAAUCGUAAACUGGUUUGCCACUUUUUGCUUGGCAGCUGUGCUCUUGGCCGUGGUCUCCAUCUAUGCUGGGGCUUUAGACCCAAGACCAAGAGUCAUGCUAUGCGAGCUGGACGGGGUGGGGUUACAAGCUGACAGCUCUCUAGGUCAGUUUGACUGCAGUCAGGAAAGUCGUGAUUAUCUGGAGGAUCUAGCUAACAACUUCACCACUAUGGGAGUGUUCCCAGACUGUGCACUCGAAAACUUGACCUUUAACCCCUUAUCUGUGUGUUCUAAGCACAACCCUGACCUCAAGACAUCGUUCAAUGGGAGUAGAUAUUACAACUUCAAGCCCUUCUUUCCUGACCGUCAAGUGACUAAUGACACACGAACUUGUGAUGCUGUUAGUCCACUGGUGGGUAACUGGACCUCUGUCAUCCCUACCUGCAUCGUCGGCAUUCCUGGCAUCACACGGACUAUCACAAUCGUUGAGAACACUCCGAUUGGAUUCCUGGAGGUCGGUGAGUCACAGCCUGGAGUGAUGGGAGUGUCCCCGCAACUAACAGCAAUAGCAGCUUCAGACUUCCUCGUACUCAUCGGAAUAUUCUUCCCUUCUGUUACUGGGAUAAUGGCUGGCUCUAAUCGCUCUGGAGACUUGAAGGAUGCCCAGAAGUCCAUCCCCAUAGGAACCAUUGCAGCCAUCCUCACCACCACCCUCAUAUACCUCACUUGUGUGCUGUUCUUUGGAGGUACCAUCAGAAGAGCCAUGCUUGUUGAUCAGUUUGGUACUGCCUCUGGUGGUCUCACUGUGGCCUUGCUAGCCUUCCCCACUAUAUGGAUAAUCCUGAUUGGAGCUCUUCUUUCGACCAUCGGGGCUGCCCUGCAAUCCCUCACUGGCGCACCACGCCUCCUUCAAGCCAUCGCUAAUGACAACAUCAUCUCAUUCCUCAGCUUCUUCAAGAGAACAGGUCUGAAUGGUGAGCCUAGCUUUGCUCUGUUGUUGACUGUCUUGUUGGCAGAGGUGGGAGUGUUGAUAGCUUCACUGGAUGCAGUGGCUCCCAUCCUAACCAUGUUCUUCCUGAUCUGCUACAUGUUUGUCAACUUUGCGUGCACACUUCAGUCCAUUCUGAAAUCUCCGAGUUGGCGUCCACGGUUCCGGUUCUACCAUUGGAGCACGUCCCUGAUCGGUGCUCUCCUGUGCUUGAUUCUCAUGUUCCUUGUGAGGUGGUACUAUGCCAUCGUGGCUAUGCUGUUAGCAUUCAUCAUUUACAAGUACAUUGAGUACAGAGGAGCGGAGAAGGAAUGGGGAGAUGGAGUGACUGGACUUAGUCUCCAGGCUGCCCUCUACUCACUACUGCGACUGGAGGAGGGUCCACUGCACACUAAGAACUGGCGACCACAGAUACUGCUACUCUGUAAGCUAGACCAGAACCUCAUUCCUGCCAGUCCUAAAGUGCUCAGCUUUGCCAGUCAGCUCAAGGAAGGUAAAGGACUGAUGAUGAUCUGCUCUGUCAUCACGGGCAAGUACACUGACGUUGUGGCAGAGACCAUUGCCGCUAAACAGAGUCUAAAGACAUUCACUAAGAACAACAAGAUAGAAGGUUUCUGUAGUGUAAUGGCCGCCUCUGAUGUCAAGGAGGGCAUCUCUCAUGCUAUUCAGUUUGCUGGUCUCGGUGGUAUGAAGCACAACACAGUGGUGGUGUGCUGGCCUGACUCCUGGAGGAAGAAGACCACCUGGGGAGUCUUCAUUGAUGCUGUUCGAGUGGCUUCCACUAAGGAGCUUGCCAUUCUAGUGCCUAAGGGCAUCAACUGGUUUCCUAGCAAUGUAGACCAGAUGAAAGGCUCCAUUGAUAUAUGGUGGGUGGUACAUGACGGAGGGUUGCUCAUGUUACUGCCGUUCCUGCUGCUCCAACACAAAGUCUGGAGACACUGCAAGCUGCGCAUAUUCACUGUGGCACAAAUGGAGGACAACAGUAUUCAGAUGAAGAAGGAUCUGGCCGCCUUUCUCUACCAACUCAGAAUAUCCGCGUCUGUGGACGUCAUUGAAAUGCCAAACAACGACAUCUCUGCCUACACGUACGAGCGGACACUCAUCAUGGAGCAGAGGAACGAUAUGCUCAAGCAAAUGAGACUCACUAAUCGACAAAAGAAAGGAGACGUUCAACACUUACUGGCCCGUUCAUUCUCUCGUAAAGCAAUCUCCAUGGAUACUAUGUCACCAUGUAAAGACAUAACCAUGUCAGUACCACAGCUCUAUCAUUCCUCCUCGCCACCCGUUCAAGAAGAGACUAAAAUCGACCAAGUUUCGAUCGGUGAUUUAUCAAUAGAACCGCGUUUGAUUGGGACCAGUGUUGAUGAUGACAGUACACUUGUUGACCGUGGCAGUCCGCUCCCCUACGGUGCUGCCCAGGGGGUAACCACAUCACCACUGGGGGUAACACUAUCACCACAGGGGGUAACCACACCACCCCAGGGCGAGAAAUUAUCAACUGUUCAAUUUGCUGUCGAUAUUCACCCAUCUCCGUUGUCUGAGGUAACAAAGAAAGAACAUAAAGACAGCCUAUCAGACUCGGACUCAGACUCAGACUCGGAUAAGUCAGUUCACACACCACUCCUGGAGACCAAGUCCAGCGUCUCCGCAUCUACACUGCCCACUAACUCUGCUGGUAUACAGAAGUAUGAUGAGAUGUUUGGUGCCAAGGCUAUGGAAGAUGAGGGGGAGGUUCCUCUGGUUGGAUCUUCUGCAGAGGACCUGCUCAACCAACCACAAGAAGACAACGUGCGCCGUAUGAAUACGUCUGUGAAGCUGAACGAGCUGAUAGUUCAAAGGUCACAUGAUGCCUCCCUUGUGAUCGUCAACCUCCCCGCCCCCCCUAAAGCUCAGGGGGAUGAGGAAAACUAUAUGGAGUUCCUUGAUGUACUGACGGAGGGACUGGAGCGAGUGCUCAUGGUGAGAGGGGGUGGGCGUGAGGUCAUCACCAUCUACUCGUAGUAGUGGAGGGAUAUUCACAAACUAUAAUUAUUGUUAUAGCACCAGACGAUUAUAAUAAUUAUUUUAUUGAGACCACUUACUGAUCCUUAUUAUAAUUUAUUGAAAUUAUAGAAACAAGAAUCCUUGUUAUAUUUCACAA